CCUGUAGAUGCUGCUGAGUCGGAGGCAGGAGUUGUGUGACAGUCUGAAGCUGCCUAUGGAGGAGGUGGAACUCAGCAUGGGCAUGUCUACAGACUUUGAACACGCGAUCGAGGUGGGCGCCACAAAUGUGCGAGUGGGCAGCAUCAUAUUCGGCAACAGGGAGUACCCCAACAGUGCAGCAAACACUCCAAACCCCAGCCCAGCUCCCAGCCCGGAGAAAACAGCCAAGACGGUGUCAGAGGAGGCUGCCAAGAAGAUGCAGCACCUCACUGUGUCUGAACACUAAGAUGAGCGUCUCCUCCUCUUAAAUACCUUUAAGAAAAAAAAAAAAGAAAAACUGUCUCCACAUGCAAACUGAGUAGAGCAGUGAGGCAGAUCGUUUCCACAGAGCCAUGUGGAGCUAGGAUUGCAAAGUCCUUGCCUAAUUUUAAAGUGUAAUUGCCUAAUCCUUACUUUUUUGUGUGCCCUUCUUGCUCUUUUAAGCAUUAAAAAGUGGCAUUCGGUACAGAACUAGUUCAACCUUUUUUAAAAGUAGUGUGUUACUAACCUAUAGUGCUCUGACUUCCUUUC